UCACCCCACACGAACUAUGACCUCGGAAGCAGUUACAAUUUACAAACAGCAAUAAUACAUCUUGGGGACAGUAUUUACAAGCGUUUUGUGUCUGAUAAACAGCCACAAGACGCACAAUAGACACAGCAACGCUCAACCGUUUUUCUCUUUUGGAAGGAACCACAAGAAUACAAUCCUGGCACCCCCACUGCCCGUCACGAUGCCCGCUCUACUGGAGAGACCAAAACUGUCCAAUGCAAUGGCCAGAGCCCUCCACAAACACAUUAUGAGGGAAAGGGAGCGUAAAAGACAAGAGGAAGAAGAGGUGGACAAGAUGAUGGAACAGAAGAUGAAAGAGGAGGAGGAGAGGAAAAGAACGAAAGAGAUGGAGGAGAGAAUGUCGCUAGAGGAGACUAAGGAACAGGUCCAGAAGAUGGGGGAGAAGCUGCAGGGCCUCCAGGAGGAGAAGCACCAGCUCUUCCUGCAGCUCAAGAAGGUCCUACACGAGGAAGAGAAGAGGCGCAGGAAAGAACAGAGUUUCGAAAGACACAACGCUUGUGACAUCACCACCCUGACCUCCGCCAGCUACCAGCAGAGCAUCCCCAUGCAUUCUGGACAGCACAUACUCAACAUGCAAGGCAGUCCCAUCAGUCACAGGUCUUCUGGAGGUCUACUGGGCGACCGCAGCAAGCAGCUGUUCCAGACCCCUGUCAUUCCUGGUCGUCCGUUCCCUGGCCAGCCUGGCUUCAGCGGAGGCGCCGGUGAGCACGGCCAGUUCUCUGGGGCGGGGGGGAGCCAGGGGGUGCACGAGCCAUACGGAGUGUCGAGCGCGCAGCACCCCUCCAGCUACGCCGCCGGCUCCUCAGUACCCAUCAGCUUCCCCAGCAGCUCUCAGAUCAGAGGUGCGUCAGCGUUCCAGACCAUGCAGUACCUGCCCCACCAGGCACAGGGCUUUGCGGUCCACGGCCACUUCCCCUCUCAGACAGGCUUCAUCCCCAGCGCUGGCAUUCCCCUGCAGAAACAGCUAGAGCACGCCAACCAGCAGUCCGGCUUUACCGACUCGGGCACCCUGAGAUCCAUUCCCCCCCAGGCCCUCCAUGUCAGUGCCGCGGGCCUGCUGCCCACCCCCUCCAUGGCUGUCCAGAUCCCCAGUGCCAAGGCCUCCUUCCCCGCCAGUGCCCAGCCAACCCAGCGUCACACGCUCUUCUCCCACACCCAGUCUGGACAGAGGUUCUAUCACCACAACAAGUGACCGGCGGGCCUCUCCUUCUCCGUUUAAGAACCAUUCACUCUUCCGCCUGGGUUGUGAUCCAGCUCGCUACCCAUUACCAUGAACUCUCCAAGUCUCUUGUUGAGGAUGACUGUGCGCAUCCCAGGAAAAAGGUGCAAGACAAAGACUGACUAAAAGUUUGGAGUGAGGAGUCUGCACACUUAAAAUCUGUUUUUCUUUGAUGUUUUAUUCCAUGGCAGUAUUACAUUUUGACCAUGGUCUUCAAGAAUGGAAUAAAACCAUCAAAGAAAAAAGGAUUUUAAGUGCGCAGAUUCCUCACUCCAAACUCUGUCCAACUCUCUACCGUUACCAUGAAAAUGGUUGAACUGGAUGGAUGAAGUUCUGAUACCUUUUGGGUGUGGUGACCACCACAACUUAGAAACUGUACAGCAACAACGCUAUAUAUUUUUAAGUAAAUUAUCAAAUAUACUUUCCUCUCUCUUUUUUUUGAGCUCGAAAAUGUAAAAAUAAAGUUUAAAGCCUAGAAUUGUACUUAAUUGGUAAAUGUCUCCCACCUGUUCUUUAGCUGUUAUGAAGUCCCCCAGUAAUUUGCCAAGUAAUAGAUUUUUUUUUUCUUUUAGUAUGUUUCAUGUUUUUUUGAGAGCAGACCAAUGUUUUCAGUGCACCCCUUUAUCUAAACGUGUGCGUUCAUGCGGCCUCCACUGCUCUAAUAAGCUGCGGCCUAUGUCCAGUGCUGCUGGACACGAUGUCCCUCACUGAAUUGAACUGGUCUAACUAGCUAAAGUUAAUGCAGAGAGAUUUGUAAACCUAAUGGACGAGUAGCUCUGCUCUCUUGGAAAAUUAAGUCUUUCUCUUAGUUGAGUUUACCUCUCUGUCUGAGUGAACAAACCUACUUUCUGGAACUGGAGCCAACUUUCUACAGUGCCCGGCAAGCAAGCCAUCUGUGCUAAUGUGUUGUCAGUAUUUACCAUCCGUGGCUCUGAGCAAUGUUUGCUUAAAUGCCGAGCUCCUCAUAUGUCAAGCAGAUAAUGUGGAGCACAACCCUCUUUACAGUUUAAAAAGUGAAGGCGAAAAGUAUGGGGAUAGAUUAUAAACUGCCACUGCCAAGUUAACUAGGUACACCGUAAUCCCCCUAAUAGAAGGGCCAUGAGACCACCCUGCCAUUUGACCAUCCUGCAGGAUCAGGCCCGCCGACCUUGGGGGGGGGUUGGACAAAGGGUAUGUUGUCCCAGGCCCAGGGGGAUGGGGCAGAAUUGGGUCCCAUUUACAUUGUAUGUAUUGGGUAGGGGGCCCUUUCAGAUGACUUUGUCCCGGGCCCAGCAAAAGCUGUCAGCAGCCCUGGACAGGAUUACCACUUGCCCUGAGUAAACACAACCCUCUAAGUGACUAAUGGUUUCUAUAAUAACCCCUGAUCUCUUGACAUCUGUAAAAACAUGCACUGCCUUGCUAUACAACCUUAAAGAAUAACAAGAUGGUAUUGUCCUGGCUCUGUGCAAUGCUUUGUUGCUUGUAGUUUUCACCAUGAGAAUUUCCUUGAUCAUCAACAGUACAGUACGCCUUGGUUUGCUUGGACUGCACAGCUGGGUUGUGUGACUAAAAACAUGCUUUUAACUUGUCUGUGUAAUGUGUCGCUGAAGCAUUCAAGUCUUGUUCAAUAUUUUAUUUUUUAUUUCAGUUGUUACAACAGCAGAACAGAAACAAAUCAAGAUGUUAAACCAAAAAAAUAUAUGUUGUAGUUCCCUAAUGUUAAACACGACUGUGACCUUUUUACACUACAACAAAUAAAACUCUUUUUUUUUUUUUAAAUCAAAAAACAAUUUUGUUUCUUAUUCCCCCCUCCCCACUCAUUGAUACCAACAGAUCUUCCGCAGCAUUAUGACCUGUUGGUUUCUCUUGAGACAGUCUCUGAAAAGUAGUUCAACAAACUAAAAUAAAUAAUGUAUGAAUGAAGUAAAAUAUCUUCAUGGGGGGAAAUAUCACAUGUUCCCUUUUAAAAAAUACCAAUUGCAUUUCAUGUGUUCUACUCAAAAAAAUUUUACGACUUGAUAUUAUAUCUUCAGUGUUCAAGAAAAAAAGAUCUGUGGCAUUUUUUGUUCUGGACUCUGUGGCACAUGGUGCUAUCUCUAAGUGAGCUGUGACAUGUUCGUGUGUGUGAACUUGCCUCGACAUGUAUGCAUGUCAUAUAUGUCUGAACUCGACAGGUUGGCAGCAACUGUCUAAGGGUCUCUGGUGUUGGAUCAAGGCCAGUAGUUGUGGUAGAUAACUACUGGGCUCGUUUAAGGACUUUGUGCCCUUGGUUCAAAAAGGUUGAAAUGCCUUCUUGGAAGUACAGUACAUGAGUUUCAGUUUUUAUGCCACGCAGAUGAAAGACUUUACUCAACCUUUUUUUCUCCUCUUGUCUCCCUUACCCCCCGCCCCCAAUGUCGUGAAAACAAUUGUGAACAAACCUUGCCCUUUUUUUUUUUUU